AUGUUACUCUUCCUCUUCUUUAGAAAACUACACGUAAAUCUACCGGUGGUAAAACGUCUUUCUUAUCUUGUCUCGCUUUUUGAGGAGACCAAGUUGGCCGCAAUUCACGCCAAACGUGUAACCAUUCAACCCAAAGACAUUCAACUCACUCAUCACCUCCGAGGUGAAAGAUCUUGA